GCUGAGGGAGUGAGGGAGGUGGUGCAGGCGGGCCUUAGGAACUCCGCUCCAGAGUCGACUUUCGCCCCGCCCCGUUCUGUCAAGUUCGGUAGCUAGUAGUUAGUCAGGCUGGGAAGCUGUCAGUCAUGGCGCUGUCCUCGCGACUGUGGCGUCUUCUCCCUCUGCUACGCGGAGCGGAGCAGAGCGUGUGUCAGCUGGCGAGGAGCUGGGGCAGCGGUGGGCGCUGUGGCACUUGGGGAUUCCGCGGUUCCGAGGUGACAGGAAACACAAGAGCCUUCAAGAGAGGCCUUUUGUUCUCAGCCUUGUCUUAUUUGGGUUUUGAAACCUAUCAAGUCAUUUCUCAAGCUGCUGUGGUUCAUGCCACAGCCAAAGUUGAAGAAAUACUUGAGCAAGCAGACUACCUCUAUGAAAGUGGAGAAACAGAAAAGCUUUAUCAGCUGCUUACACAGUACAAGGAGAGUGAAGAUGUAGAGCUACUGUGGCGGCUGGCACGAGCAUCACGUGACAUAGCACAGCUAUGUAAGACUUCAGAAGAAGAAAAGAAAGUGUUGUUGUAUGAAGCUCUAGAGUAUGCAAAAAGAGCACUAGAAAAAAAGGGGUCAAGCUUUGCUGCUCAUAAGAAAGCAAUUGAACUGAACCCUAAAGAUGCUACUUCAAUUCACCUUAUGGGUAUUUGGUGCUAUACAUUUGCUGAAAUGCCUUGGUAUCAAAGAAGAAUUGCUGAAGUGCUGUUUGCAAAUCCUCCUAGUUCCACCUAUGAGGAGGCCUUAAAAUACUUUCACAGGGCAGAAGAGGUGGAUCCAAACUUCUACAGCAAAAACUUGCUGCUUUUAGGAAAGACAUACUUGAAGCUAAACAACAAAAAGCUUGCUGCAUUCUGGCUGGUAAAAGCUAAGAGUUACCCAGCACACACAGAAGAAGAUAAACAGAUACAGACAGAAGCUGCUCAGUUGCUUACAGGUUUGUGACAAGAACUGAGAACAUUUUGGAGAAGGCAACAACAUACCCAAUACUUUGUAUUUCACUGAUUUAUAAACAUGAUACAUUAACCAUCACAAUGAUUGUAUGGCCUUUUUCCCAGUUCUUGUAUGUGUGACUAUUUUUCAGAAUAAAUGUAGAAUUUUCUGGGUUUCUUCACAAGUAAAUAAAAACUGCCACAUUGCCCUAAGAGCGGCAGCAAUACAGUCCUCUGCUUCAGACAGACGUUUGGAAAACAGUGGUACAGGGUAUGUAAAUACUGGUCACUUCAGGAUGAAAUGUUUCAAAAGGCUUUGUGAGCAGCUGGCACACGAGGAGAUGGCUCUCAUGUUGUAGUCUACUGAAGGCUCUCUUAGAGAAGCCAAGUGUUUAUGAUGGUGAGGGUUCUGGGCAUAAAGAACUUAAGUGAUGUGUAUAUUAGAGGCACCCUGAAUAAGGGAAAAAUCUGCAGAACAUCUUUUUUAAAUGUGGUAUAUCUCCACAGAUGGGUUGGAUUUGUCACUUGACAAAUUGUAAUCCUUUGUAGAAUGGACGGACACAGAUUUCAGGGUGAAAGGAAAUAUUUACCAGGCAGAGUACUACAACUGUGAGUCUGAUGUGCCACCACUGUAAACUUACAUUUUGCAACAACUAGAGCUGAAUGAUUAUGAGACUGUGUAUGGGUCUAUUUUCCCCAAGACAUGAGAAUUGUAAUGUUUUAAUAAAUUAUAGCAAAAUGUG